AGGCCAACAACUUGCGAUUUUUUUUGUUCGGACCAGUACUAUUUGUUACUUCUGUCCGCAGAGCGUAGUCUAUAUCAUUCAUUGAAAGUGCGAAUUUUGAAAUCGUCAUAUACCCGUUUCUUCGAGGAUUGUUUGUUAAGAAUUGUCAAAAAUGAAACUGAUGGAAGUGUGUCUGAUUGUCCAAGAUCAUGCUGCGAUCAAGCUAGUUACGACUAGUGUUGAGGACGUCUGACGAUCGCCUAUAGCAAAGUUGGUGAGAACUGAAUGUAGCCUAUUGGAAGCGACACCGAAAACUCCAAUUUCGCUGAAAACGGGGCUUGGCCGAUCGUUCUACAUCGCUCAGGCCACUCGAGACCUGAUUGCUGUUUUGUAGACGGCCAUAAGAUAGUCUGUAUGUAUCAGAUAAUCUCCGUGAGAAUGACCGAGAUUCACAUGGCCCUGGUGGCCUGUCUGGUGCUAGGUACUCUCCUGCAAUUCGUUAUUCUUCCUGUGUUUUACUUCAGACGUGGUGUACAUCGGGAUACGAACUGGGGCCAGUUUGAAGAACGAGAUAUCUACAUCACCAGUGAAUUCAGCAGGGUCCAUUUUGUGGACAGAACCAUUUUCACAGUUCCAGCAAGAAACGACAGUAAAGCUGACAGAGCCCUGUUUCGUCAGAUGCCUGAGUGCCCAGAUUCAGAUAUUCCAAAUCUAAAUAAAAUGAACUUCUUGGAUCUCGAUGAUUUCACCAUGGAGCAAGCGGAGAGUCUUAUCUUCGGAGAGGAGGCGAUGAAGAGAGCCAAGGAGGCCACAGUGUUAGCUGACUCGGUCAUCCCAAACCUCAUCAACAGGACCGACUGGUUCCAAACCUUGGGUAGAAGGAGGAUUGAGGCUCACCUAGGCAAGUUGGAGAUGAAGAUAGGGAACUAUACCUUCAUCCCAGGCGGCCAUUGGCGGCCCAAUCAGUGCAUACCAAAAUGGAAGGUUGCUAUUAUCAUUCCGUUUCGGAAUCGAUCUCACCAUCUACCUAUCUUCCUUCGCUAUCUGGUUCCCAUGCUGCAGAGGCAGCAACUAGAGUUUGGUAUCUUCACUGUCAACCAGGAAAAUGAUCUGAGCUUCAACAGAGCGAUGCUUAUGAAUAUCGGGUUCCUGGAGAGCCUGAAUAUAUCGCAAUGGGAUUGCUUCGUGUUCCACGACGUUGAUCACGUGCCACUGAGCGACCUGAAUUACUACGGAUGCUCCAACAUGCCACGGCAUUUCAUCAGCGGCGAUAGUAAUUGGAAUUACACGAUAAUCUACGAGCUCCUGUUCGGCGGUGUGACGGGUUUUCUCGAGAGCAACCUGCGGAAAAUGAACGGCUUCCCCAACGUGUACUGGGGCUGGGGAGGCGAAGACGACGAAAUCUAUCUGCGAGCCAAGAAGGUUCAAUUGAGAGUUGCUCCCAGACCAAAAGGGCGCAAUCGCUACAUUGGAUUCUACAAAGUCAUUGAGCAUCACCACAACAGUGCACAAGAGAUACCAGAAAGGUUCGAUCUGGUGAAGAACUUCUCCAGCCGUAUGGAUAAUGACGGGCUAAGUAACCUCAGGUACCCGCCCCCUCGUCUUGAGAUCCAUCCGUUAUACGUCAACAUCUCCGUGGACAUCUUCAGAUUUGAAUUGGAGGAGAAAUGAAAGUGGACAACUUCGAAAAGAGGAUCUAUCACAGUGGAUAUUACAGUGGGCAAAAACAUUGCUUCGUGAAUCAUGACAAAGAACAGAUUAAAGAACCCGGAAAAAGCUAUUUUGUUUUAAGCUGUGCUGACAUGGCUCCUAAUUCUACUUUAAUCAGACUAAUUGCUCAAAAAUGCACAAGUGUAAUACUCAAAACAUGAUUUGACACACAGAGUAAACCUUUGGAUGGAAAUUCCUCUGUUUAAAUCCAACCUGUAAAAUCGCAAGUUAACAACAGGUGUGAAGAUCAACAUGUAUUACUUGGUAUGUAUAUGCAAAUUUAAACAUUGAGAACCUUAAAUUUACAAAAAGACAUUGAAGCAUGCUUCGAUAAUGUAAAUUGGAAGGCAGUAGAUUCGUAAAACGUUGGUAAUCAUCUCAACCCCAUCACUUUAAAUCUUCCUCGUGAGCUAGAAUGCUACACUUUGUCUCAUUUCCCCUCGAUAUUUUGGUUUUGUCACGGUGUCUUUGUUACUAUAAUUGAGGCUAUGUUGCAUGUAUAUCUCCUUCAGAGGCUAUUAACAAGUCCUUGUGUGCCCUUUUA